AUGGCUGAAGAUCGGAUUAGUGAUUUGCCGGACGCAAUCAUCAGUCGCAUUUUGUCAUAUCUCCCAACAGAACAGCCAUGGAUAGCUCUGUUUCAAUCGAUCCCAGAUCUUGAACUUGAUUUCGAUGAUUCCUUGCUCCGGCAUGAUCCCAAUGGAGAACCCUUUGAAGGAAAUCCAGCAUUCGUCAAUUGUGUUGGUGGGGUUUUGUCCAGGUUGCUGGAAAUAAAUGCCAAGAUUCGUGGAUUCAAGCUCAAGGUUCACAAGAAGUACGAGAAUGAUGAAGAUGGUGGUCACUGUAAUUAUAAAAUCUAUUCCAACUGUCGCAUUAUCGGUUCUUGGCUCCAUUCUGCUGCAAGCCUUGGCGUCCAAUUCGUUAGCCUUGAUGUCUCAUUCGCAGAUUCUAAGGAAUUACUCUCCAGUCUUGAUGGUUGCAUUACCUUGGAGAAGUUGCAAUUUACAGAGCGUCUUGAUUUCUCUGUUUCGGGUCUCCCUCGGGUGAUGAACUCGGUUGAUCCAUUUGGACACAACUGGAACAUUCCUGAUGGGUGCUAUGCCCGUUUCCUGUCAUCAAUCCCAAUAGGUGUGCCCUUCUAUUUAACUCAGCAUUUGAAGAAGAUAAAGAUUCAAAAAUUUUCAGGCUGGGAAGACGAAAUCGACUUCAUGGUUUAUCUUUUACGGAAUGGCAAAGUACUGCAGGAAGUCAGUUUCUUCGGCAACUUCGGCUUCAGCGCCGAUGAUCAACUUGUUUUGGAAAGAUUUCAAGCUGCAAUCACAUCAACGACCUGCCAGAUCAGAUUUUUCCGAAAUUGA